AUGCAGGCCGUUACUACAGCGCACUGUGGUGUGGCGAGAAAAGUGAAUAUCAUCCAAGAACAAAAGCUCACACCACAUACACGGCCGCAUGCAGGCCGUUACUACAGCGCACUGGUGAGUGGAGAAGUGAAUAUCAUCCAAGAACAAAAGCUCACACCACAUACACGGCUGCAUGCAGACCGUUACUACAGCGCACUGGUGAGCGGAGAAGUGAAUAUCAUCCAAGAACAAAAGCUCACACCACAUACACGGCCGCAUGCAGACCGUUACUACAGCGCACUGGUGAGUGGAGAAGUGAAUAUCAUCCAAGAACAAAAGCUCACACCACAUACACGGCCGCAUGCAGACCGUUACUACAGCGCACUGGUGAACGGAGAAGUGAAUAUCAUCCAAGAACAAAAGCUCACACCACAUACACGGCCGCAUGCAGGCCGUUACUACAGCGCACUGGUGACUGGAGAAGUGAAUAUCAUCCAAGAACAAAAGCUCACACCACAUACACGGCCGCAUGCAGGCCGUUACUACAGCGCACUGUUGAGUGGAGAAGUGAAUAUCAUCCAAGAACAAAAGCUCACACCACAUACACGGCUGCAUGCAGACCGUUACUACAGCGCACUGGUGACUGGAGAAGUGAAUAUCAUCCAAGAACAAAAGCUCACACCACAUACACGGCCGCAUGCAGGCCGUUACUACAGCGCACUGGUGAGUGGAGAAGUGAAUAUCAUCCAAGAACAAAAGCUCACCCCCUUCCAAUCAACUAGCUCUCUUUCUCCCAUUCAAGUGCCCUCUCUAGACACUCCAUGCACGGACAACACUCCACAUCAUCCAAUAGUUCGUCCCGGAAAUUUUGACACCUACGCUGACGCCGUAGCAGGAACCUUCACUGAAAGGGAAAAUGAAAAUGGACGCUCUCCUAACCAAAAAAACUUAAUUGUCGACACUUGUUUAAAGAAAGUGAAUAUCAUCCAAGAACAAAAGCUCACACCACAUACACGGCUGCAUGCAGACCGUUACUACAGCGCACUGGUGACUGGAGAAGUGAAUAUCAUCCAAGAACAAAAGCUCACACCACAUACACGUCCGCAUGCAGACUGUUACUACAGCGCACUGGUGACUGGAGAAGUGAAUAUCAUCCAAGAACAAAAGCUCACACCACAUACACGUCCGCAUGCAGACCGUUACUACAGCGCACUGGUGACUGGAGAAGUGAAUAUCAUCCAAGAACAAAAGCUCACACCACAUACACGGCCGCAUGCAGGCCGUUACUACAGCGCACUGGUGAGUGGAGAAGUGAAUAUCAUCCAAGAACAAAAGCUCACACCACAUACACGGCCGCAUGCAGACCGUUACUACAGCGCACUGGUGAGUGGAGAAGUGAAUAUCAUCCAAGAACAAAAGCUCACACCACAUACACGGCUGCAUGCAGACCGUUACUACAGCGCACUGGUGAGUGGAGAAGUGAAUAUCAUCCAAGAACAAAAGCUCACACCACAUACACGGCUGCAUGCAGGCCGUUACUACAGCGCACUGGUGAGUGGAGAAGUGAAUAUCAUCCAAGAACAAAAGCUCACAACACAUACACGGCUGCAUGCAGACCGUUACUACAGCGCACUGGUGACUGGAGAAGUGAAUAUCAUCCAAGAACAAAAGCUCACACCACAUACACGGCCGCAUGCAAGCCGUUACUACAGCGCACUGGUGAGUGGAGAAGUGAAUAUCAUCCAAGAACAAAAGCUCACACCACAUACACGGCUGCAUGCAGACCGUUACUACAGCGCACUGGUGAGCGGAGAAGUGAAUAUCAUCCAAGGACAAAAGCUCACACCACAUACACGGCCGCAUGCAGGCCGUUACUACAGCGCACUGGUGAUUUGA